AUGACACAGCAAAACCCGCUAGAUUUGUUGCAUGAUAUGCGCCCAUCGCCUUGGGGGCUGCGGUGCAUCGCUCUUCACCCCGCCUCUCUCGCUUGUGCGGCGCUGCGGCAGUUAAUAGUUGUUGCGGAGGAAAAACGACUCCACUCUGUCGGUGAGGGUGACAGGGAGGUUACGGUGCUCUUGACGCGUCUUGUGGAGUGGCCACUGCCCAUUCUCGCUCGCUGUGCCUCCGCCCUGCACCAGCUGCGUGACAUUGUGCGCGGGUGGAUCGAUGCGGCACAGGCAAAAACACUUCUCCCCCAGCCUUUAUUGACGACGCCUCCUCCUGCGCAUUAUCAACGGCUGUACAACAUCUGCCUCUGGCAGCGGCGUCACCCACUUUUUAUCCUUACCCCUGUGCUUGACACCUUUGGCGCGCGGCUGUCGUGUGAGGCGCUUAAUGAUAUGCUGGAGGCUCUUUCGCACCAUCUGUUGGGCAGCUUGAGCAGCGUUCCUCACCUGCUACGCAGUGAUGUGUUUAUGACCUACCCUCGGCUUUCUUUCCCGCAGCAGCUGCAGCUGAUGGAGUCCUUACGCACCGGUUAUGCGCCGGAGAAAUGUGAGGCGCCACCGCCACCGGAGUUGUAUAUUGGGGAGUACGUGCGCCACGUCCCGCCGCGCUUUGGGGUCAAUACUCUGAAUGCUGAGCGGUAUGCAGAGUUACGGUGCGCCUUUGAACUGCAUAAACGGGCAGGUGUAAGACGGCUUCUUUCAUGUACACCGUAA